AUGGCUGCCCUGGGUAUCACAAUCGCCCUGCUGGUGUGGGUGGCCACCCUCCUGCUCAUCUCUAUCUUGAAGCAAAUCUACAGCAGCUGGAAGCUUCCCCCUGGCCCUUUCCCACUUCCCAUCAUUGGGAAUCUCCUCCAGCUGGAUCUUAAGAAUAUUCCCAAAUCUCUCACCAGGCUUGCUGAGCAGUACGGACCGGUGUUCACGGUGUACCUGGGCAGCAGGCGCGUCGUGGUCAUGCACGGCUACAAGGCGGUCAGAGAGGUUCUGCUCCAGCACAAGAACGAGUUUUCUGGAAGGGGAGAUAUCCCAGUGUUCCACGCUCACAAGGACCGCGGAGUCAUUUUCAAUAAUGGGCCCACCUGGAAAGACAUCCGGCGCUUUUCCCUGUCCACCCUGCGGGACUACGGGAUGGGGAAGCAGGGCAACGAGCAGCGGAUCCAGCGGGAGGCCCACUUUCUGCUGGAGGAACUCGGGAAGACUCAGGGCCAGCCCUUCGACCCCACCUUCCUCAUAGGUGCUGCGCCCUGCAAUGUCAUCUGUGAUAUCCUCUUCCGGAAGCACUUCAGCUACAAUGACAAGACAUGCCAGAGGCUGAUGUACAUGUUCAAUGAGAACUUCUACCUGCUGAGUACCCCCUGGAUCCAGCUUUAUAAUAAUUUCUCACACUAUCUACGCUACCUGCCUGGGAGCCACAGGAGGAUCAUGAAGAAUGUGUCUGAAAUUAAGCAGUUCGCGUUAGAGCAGGCGAAGGAACACCAUAUGUCGCUGGACCCCAACUGCCCCCGGGAUUUCACUGACUGCCUGCUCACUGAGAUGGAAAAGGAAAAGCAAAGUGCGGAGCCCAUGUACACAUUGGAUGAUGUUGCCGUGACCUUGGCUGAUCUAUUCUUUGCGGGCACAGAGACCACCAGUACCACCUUGAGAUAUGGGCUCCUGAUCCUCAUGAAGUACCCAGAGAUUGAAGAGAAACUUCAUGAAGAAAUUGACAAGGUGAUUGGGCCAAGCAGAAUUCCUGCCGUCAAGGACAGGUUAGAGAUGCCCUACAUGGAUGCUGUGGUGCAUGAGAUUCAGCGUUUCAUCAAUCUUGUGCCCUCCAAUCUGCCUCAUGAAGCAACUCGGGACACGAUGUUCAGAGGAUACGUCAUCCCCAAGGGCACUGUUGUAAUUCCAACUCUGGACUCACUCUUGUAUGAUGAACAAGAAUUUCCUGACCCAGAGAAGUUUAAACCAGAGCACUUUCUGAACAAGGAUGGAAAGUUCAAGUACAGCGACUACUUCAAAGCAUUCUCUGCAGGAAAACGAGUGUGCGUCGGAGAAGGCCUGGCUCGCAUGGAACUGUUCCUCUUCUUAUCUGCCAUUUUGCAGCAUUUUAAUUUGAAAUCUCUUGUUGACCCAAAGGACAUUGAUCUCAACCCCAUUACAAUUGGGUUUGGUUCCAUCCCACCACAUUACAAACUCUGUGUCACCCCUCGCUCAUGA